UGUUGUGGGUCGUGUCCCCGAAACAAAUAUCGCUCCCUCCCAACGAUGCUAAGCCAGGCUGCCGUCUGUGCCUCAUACCAAAGUGCACUGUCUCUUUAAGGAACCCGGAAGCAGUGACUUUCGACGUGCUCAAUGUUGUGGGUCGUGUCCCCGAAACAAAUAUCGCUCCCUCCCAACGAUGCUAAGCCAGGCUGCCGUCUGUGCCUCAUACCAAAGUGCACUGUCUCUUUAAGGAACCCGGAAGCAGUGACUUUCGACGUGCUCAAUGUUGUGGGUCGUGUCCCCGAAACAAAUAUCGCUCCCUCCCAACGAUGCUAAGCCAGGCUGCCGUCUGUGCCUCAUACCAAAGUGCACUGUCUCUUUAAGGAACCCGGAAGCAGUGACUUUCGACGUGCUCAAUGUUGUGGGUCGUGUCCCCGAAACAAAUAUCGCUCCCUCCCAACGAUGCUAAGCCAGGCUGCCGUCUGUGCCUUUCGUGCCAGCCUGAAGAGCUGGCGACAUCGGACUGUCCUGAAAGCUGCCUUUCGGGCCCGUUGGUCGUCUUCUUCAGCAAGUGGAGCCGUUACUGGUAUGGAGGAAAUACUGGCAAGAGUCGUAUCGCCUUUACCCACAUACGAAACAAGAGAGAAAUCUCCCCCUCCUCCAGAUGCCAACAGCUUGGAGUUCAUGCACUUCUACAGAAGUCUCGACAAGGAAGAGAAACCCGAUUUCCUGGCGAAACUGUCACGAGACUUUGGAGUGGAUCAUAAAAGCGUUUCGGAGUUGGCUGGGAAGCUUCUGGAUUCCCAACUCAGGGACUUGGCGACCAUUUUGCAGGUUGAGGACAGACUUCGAUACAGCUUGACUCCCCGCUAUAAACAAUUGCUUAACCACAUAAGCAGGGCGGAAGGGGGAGUGAAGUUUCUGGUGGACCUUCGGGCCGACGUGCUCGAAAUCAUCUCAUCAAGAAGUAGCGAGAGCCCGCACUUGAGGGACCUAAAUGGAACACUGAAGAGCUUGCUGUCCGAGUGGUUCUCUAUAGGUCUGCUCCGACUAGAGCGUAUUACCUGGCAGUCACCCUGUGAGAUCCUGCAAAAGAUCAGCCAGUAUGAGGCUGUGCACCCAGUUAGAAACUGGGCCGAUCUGAAGCGCCGAGUGGGGCCAUACCGUCGUUGCUAUGCCUUCACCCAUGCCGCCAUGCCUGGGGAGCCUUUGGUCGUGCUGCACGUUGCCCUCACAGAAGGAAUCUCAGACAACAUACAGAGUAUUGUUCGCGAGUUUUCCACCCUUGACCUGGAGGAAGAUGUAAACAAAGUCAAUGCAGCAAUCUUCUACUCCAUCUCCUCCACCCAAGCUGGUCUACAAGGUGUUGAGCUGGGAAACUAUCUCAUCAAGAAGGUGGUGCGGGAACUGCAGAGUGAGUUUCCCCACAUUGCCCAGUUUUCCAGCCUCUCCCCCAUCCCAGGCUUCUCCUCAUGGCUCCAAGGCCUCCUCAGCCAAUACCGGAAGGAAGGCCGUGGCUUGGACCUCCUAACUGAGCAGGAGUGGCGAGAAGUGGAGGAAGCCACCGACUUAUCUCCGAGCACCAGUGCUACGGAUGCCCUUCGUAAGUUAAUUGCCACAAGCGAAUGGAUGCGUUCUGAACAUCUCUCUCGUUUCCUGGAGCCAGUCCUGAUGCGACUGUGUGCCUGGUAUCUCUUCGGGGAGAAAAGGCGGGGUUAUGCACUUAACCCAGUGGCCAACUUCCACCUUCAAAACGGCGCCACCAUGUGGCGCCUUAACUGGCAUGCUGACACCAGCCCAAAGGGUGUGGCAAACUCCUGCGGCAUUAUGGUGAACUAUCGUUACUUCUUAAAUGAGACGCCGAAAAACAGUGCACUUUACCUUCAGAACAAAAUCGUCGUGGCGUCGGAUCAAGUUCUCGGAUUGGUGUCGCAGUUUCAGAAGAACAGUAAACUCUGAAAAAGAGACCGUGUGCAAUUGUGCAUAUGACUGCAUCGAAGAGCAACAGCCACAUGAUGAAACAAUCUUGUUUGGUUGAGCGACAGCUUGGUGAGCAUCCCUGGGAAGACAUCAGCUGGUACUGUUUGCCCAUCUGUUAUUUGAAGUACAUUCAUAGGCUAGGUUUUUGCAUCUGUGCUAGUCUUCCCUGAUGAUGGGAGACAGAAGCUAAUGAAGCGCCCUGCAUCUUUAUACGAUUUAGCAUGUUUCAGGAUAACAGUGUGUGUAAUGGUGAAGUACGAGCAAUGAGGCUGUGCAGCUACUGGAAUAAAUGAUCCUUCCACUCGGUCGCACUGUCUCUUUGGAGGGAGCACGUAGGGUUUCAUUUGUAUGUCUACAAACACCAGCUGUCGAACUUCACAUACUUUACAUUUCCACCAAUGAAAAUAAA